CGGUGUUAUUGAACAUCGAGAGUAGCCCGGCUUCGGUCAAAGUUACGAGGCAAAUACAUUCUCACAUUCCGGAUGAAGAUAUGACAAUGGAAGUCGACGAUGAUAAAAAUUCAAAAGAGGCCGAUGAUUCAACCACUAAGCUAAUUUCUGUAUCGUUACGUAUUGAGGCCGUGGAAUAUUUAAAAAGGCAAUUUGGCGAAGCAUAUAGUAAACAAGAUUCUGAUGAUGAAAUUAUCGUUAAAGUGGAUCAGGCUAUCGCAGAAGUGAACAUCGAUACCUUGGAGAUCAAAACUGACGAUGAAACGCUCCGUGAUAGAUUGACCAGCAUAUUACCUAGAGUAUUGAGGUUUUUACGACCAUUAGAAUCUUGCCCUGAGUAG